UAAGUGAAAAAUUGCGCACAAUAUAUAUUAAGUAUAUAUAAUUACAAAAGUGAUUAUGGAAAAUUCUGGCCUCUGAUUGGUCGAGCAACGUUAUUAUAAACUUAACUGUAAUUUUCAAAAUGGCGGCGAGUUGGUUUUGUCGGAGGUCUGAAAUUAUUCCGGAGUAACUACGCUGUAGAACGCUGUUUAAAUUGAUUUCGUAUCAGUAAAGUAUCCUUUUAUUGAGACGCCGUAUAACUGUCGAGAAAUUCGUUUACGUUUGUACAAUAUGUCUCCUCUACAACAGUUUCUCGGGCAAGCACCUUUGUAAAUAUACCGUGGUCUCGGUUUUUAUUUCAGCGAUAUUCGCCUUGCCAUUGGCGAAUAAUUGUUAAAUAUCAGCUGCUGUGCAAUUAUCUCCGGUUUUAAACACUCGCCUUGCCUGUUCGCGAAAAAGAAAUGUUCGUUUACGAGACGUUGUUAUAUAUUAUCUUCGCUGUUGGUUGGUUCAAUCCUGUAAGAAGUUAUUACCAAGACGAAGACUGCAAACGCGUGUCUUUCCACUACUAUGAUUAUUGUUUUUAUUUGGAAGAGGCGAUAGAGCAUUGUCUUGAAUCCAACAACAGCUUUUGUGGCGACGAAGACUACUCAAAUUCAACCAAAGUGUUCAAAUUCUUGCAAUACAUUACGCAAGUGUAUUGUGAAGGAAACAACACAAGCGAUGAAACCAGUGAUGAAGACUCGUGUUACAUUCAUGAUAGUUGGUGUGAAUGGGCACAAAAGGAAGAUGAUCUACUACAUUUUUAUGAGAAUGUCACCAGUGCAAUUUUGGAAACAUGGGACCAGAGUUCCUUGGAUAUUUCCCCCUGCUGUCUCCCGUUCGUUUGCACAAACGAAAGCUUUGAUUACGAGGAAAUGUUGUCAUUCUAUCUCUAUGAAUAUGAUUUUUAUGAUGAUAAAUGCGAAGAAUCACGCGGAGCAGAGCAUACGGAGUGCGAAGAUGGGCAGCUCCCUGAUGAAGAAACAGACCAAGAAAUUCUUUCAUUAGAUGCUUUACACAAUUUUAUGGAAAAUAUAAUUCAAUGUGUCGACUCGACCUGCUGUGAUAAGUCGUUCCGGGCAAGAAAUGGUUCUUUAGAGGUGGAUAUUUUCGUGUGGGAAUCUUUUAAACAAUUAAAACAAACGGAAGCGAUACCAUUCAAAACAAUCCGGGAGUUAUGUCGAAAUGAGACAAAUUGUACUGUGAAAAGGAUUACCGUUCGAGUGAAGAAUGUCACAGUGAGAAUUGACCACCUGUGGGAUGCGCGUCCUCUUAAUUCUUCUGACAUCAUAGCGUUGAAAUAUAUUGUGAAUGGGCAAUUACUAUCGACGCUAGAAAAUGAAACAAUAUAUUUAAGCUUUCCUUACAAGCAGGAAAAUGUUUUGAGAGAACAGGUCAAGUGCUUGUUUUUGGAUGGCAAAGAAUGGAGUGAAAAAAAUAUUAGUGUUGGUUCAGUCAAUGAAGACUUUAAAUGUUUCACAAAUCGUUUACCUAGCUUUACUAUGGUUGUUCUCCCAAAAACAGACAAGGAAAUGUUGUCAUCCUAUUUCUAUGAUUAUGAAUUUUAUGAUGAUGAAUGUGAAGAAUCAUGGCCAGCAAUCAUGUGUCCGGUGUGCGAAGAUGGGCAGCCCCCUGAUGAAGAAACAGGCCAAAAAUUUCUUUCAUUAGAUGCUUUACACAAUUUUAUGGAAGAAAUAAUUCAACGUGUCAACUCGAACUACUCUGAUAAGUCGUUUUGCAUGGCAAGAAAUGGUUCUUUAGAGAUGGAUAUUUUCGUGUGUGAAUCUUUUGAACAAUUAGAACAAACGGAAGCGAUACCAUUCAAAACAAUCGGGAAGUUAUGUCGAAAUGAGACAAAUUGUACUGUGAAAAGGAUUACUGUUCGAGUGAAGAAUGUCACAGUGAGAAUUGACAACCUGUGGGAUAUGCGUCCUCUUAGUUCAUCUGACAUCAUAACGUUGGAGUAUAUUGCAAAUGGGCAAUUACUAUCGACACUAGAAAAUGAAACAAUAUCUUUAAGCUUUCGUAACAAGCGGGGAAAUGUCUUGAGAGAACAGGUCAAAUGCUUGUUUUUGGAUGGCAAAAAAUGGAGUGAAGAAAAUAUGAGUGUUGAUGCAGUCAAUGAAGACAAUAUUACAUGUUUGACAAAUCAUUUAUCCAGCUUUACUAUGGUUAUUCUUCCAAGAGCACACAAGGUGAGCCGUUUGAAUAAAAAUGUAUUAAAUGUGGUCAAUUAUAUUGGAUCUGGACUAUCACUGGCUGGUCUAAUUUUCUCAUGUAUUAUAUACGUUGUUCUGUACAAAGAUCUCAGGAUUUUGACGACCAGUCGUCACUUGGUACAUUUCAACUUGCAAAUUGCAUUGGGAUUGACACAGAUUGUUUUUCUCGUUGGGGGAAAUUCCACAAAGAAUGAGGUUGCUUGCAAGGUUGCGGCGAUUCUAAUGCAUUAUUUUUCUCUGGCUUCUUUUGUAUGGAUGUUUCUUGAAGCUGCGAUGCUUUAUUUAAAGCUAAUCUCUGUGUACAGUGGAGAGUUUGUAAGAAUGAGAAAUUUCAUGAUAUUUGGUUGGGGACUUCCAUUCGUAAUUGUUGGCUUUACCGCGGGACUAAAGACUAACAAAUACGCUACAGGACAAUGGUGUUGGAUAUCAUACGAAGGUAGCUUUUACUGGGUCAUUCUUGCGCCAGUGAUAAUUGUAGUAUCGGUAACCCUUGUGAUUGUUAUCGCUGUGGCUCGUGUAGUUUUUCGUCUUUCGAAAACGGCAUGUACUGAUACUAAGAAAAGGAUAAUGACUGCAGCUCGAGGUGUUAUGAUGUUAUUCCCAACUCUUGGUCUCUCUUGGACUUUCUGUGUCAUCGCAUUCUACAGCGAUGACUUGGUGUGGCGCUAUCUCUUCACAAUUUUUGCAUCACUGCAGGGAUUUCUCAUCUUUCUGGUCUAUGGCGUUGGCAACAGAGAGAUUCGUGCAGCAGUCAGGCGGAAAAUAGGCGUCGAAGCUAAGCCUUCCUCUUCCACGACUUAGGAGAGGAAGCCUGCGCCAUUAUUGACAACAAACUAGCAGCAAUCACAGUCGCGUAGGUUGCAAGACGUUGAGAAUUAUCUGUAGGUUUUUAGCCAAUCACAAUCGAGAUUGCAUUAGUAAUGCAUAAUAAUGGUAGAGGUGUACUCAUCUUUUAUGGCAAUAGUUUAUAGAAGUGUUUUCAUCCCCAGUUAGGUUACCAAUUACAUCUCCACAUUUUAACUAUAGCUUCACCAAACUGUGAUUUAUAACUAAAUCGUA